AUGCUACUGGAUAUACUUUCAGUUAAUAAUUUCGAUGUGCGUCUUGUCGACGGAGUUUACUUGAAUGUCGGCCGAUUAGAAGUAUAUUAUAAUGGGACGUGGGGUCGUGUAUGCGACAGGCAUUGGAACGAUGACAGUGCUGACGUUGUGUGCCGUCAAUUAGGAUAUGCGAGAGCAGAUCCAUGGUUAGGCAGUUACACCAUCCAAGAAGGCUCUGGUCCACUCCAUUUCGAAUACUUCUCGUGCACAGGCUCCGAGAGUAAUUUACAAGAAUGCACUAACAUGAUGUGGGAUGUGAAUCAUGAUUGUGAUAGCACAGUAAAAAUACAAUGUACAUAUGAAAGUGGCUUAUAUUAUGCACAAGGUGAAGCACGACUGAUCGGAGAGCAAAUCAAAGGAGCGAACAAAGGCGGAAUUUUGGAAGUUUAUCUGUUUGGAGAAUGGCGAACAGUUUGCUCUCGGGGUUGGGAUAAUGAUGAAGGGAAGGUUGUUUGCAAACAACUUGGGUAUGAAGGGGCAGUAGACCACACCGGACACCUCGAUGAGUAUGACAAGUCCUUAGUGAUUUCUCGAACUGUUCAUGGGUACGCAAUUGAUUGUACCGGCAAAGAAUCAACAUUAGAGGAUUGCGUCUUCUAUGCUAACAAGUUAAAUAUUGGAUGCACCCACGAGGACGAUGUUGCACCGACUUGCGGGAAAGUUGGAUUUAGUGGUGGGGCCAUUGCUGGUAUUGUUAUAGGAAGCUUGUUUGGAUCUUUCCUUUUUUAUCACAUCUGUUUAAAACCAACAUGUGAAAAGCAUAAGGCGGCCAAAGCAAGGAGGACACGUGCUGCAAGUCAAUCACCAAGGGCAACCAGUGGAACAUCUGCCACAAAUGCGAAUGCGACGGUUGCUACUCCAGACACGACUAGCGAACCAGCCACAAGUAACACUGAUAUUGAACUUGAUCUAGCUGUUCCCUCGGCCACGCCCUCCUCUGAACCACCAAGUUAUGAAGUUCGUCUUGUCGACGGAGUUUACUUGAAUGUCGGCCGAUUAGAAGUAUAUUAUAAUGGGACGUGGGGUCGUGUAUGCGACAGGCAUUGGAACGAUGACAGUGCUGACGUUGUGUGCCGUCAAUUAGGAUAUGCGAGAGCAGAUCCAUGGUUAGGCAGUUACACCAUCCAAGAACUCGUUGCCACCACCUUAGUGGUGCACGGUAGUAGAGCCGAGGCUUAUCCAAGGUGGAAGCUACCGGAGCCCAGCAUACUGUCGCCGGAGUACCUGCGUGUACGCGAUAGUGGUGGUCUCGCCGUCUCAACAACAGGAUCAAUUUGUGUUUCAUUGAUUUUACUAAAAAUCAGAAUGAUUUUCGCUUUGGAAGUCACAAUUUUAUGGACGCUUACCGCUUCAGUUUAUUCAGCAGCAACAGGUUUUAGCAGCGUACGUCUUGUGGAUGGCUAUUAUGUAAAUGUUGGUCGAUUGGAAGUAUAUUACAAUGAACAAUGGACCAAUGUUUGUGAUGAUCAGUGGACGGAAGCAAACUCGCAAGUUGUUUGUAACCAGCUAGGUUACAUGAGGCCUGAAGAUUGGGUAGCUGGCUACUACAUUGGAGGCGGUUCAGCUCCAUACGAGUUAAACUUUCACUGCAAUGGUGGAGAAAGUGUUCUUUUGGACUGUAGCACCAGUGAAUAUAAUAAUUUCUACUGUUACAAUACAGUGCAAUUACAAUGUACAAGUGAAUAUGACUACCAUUCACAAUUUGAUGCACGUCUUGUUGGAGGAAAUGAUGAUUUAGAAGGAAUAGCAGAAGUGUAUCUCUAUGGCACUUGGGGAACUCUUUGUGCAUUUGAAUGGAAAGAAUCCCAUUCAGAAGUCCUAUGUCGACAACUUGGAUCUGAAUCUGCUGGUGAAUAUAGAAAUGCAUACGAAUUUGAUACUACAGAAAUCAGCAAUAUACCAACACACCAAUUCAACAUCGAUUGUUAUGGUGGUGAAUCUUACCUAAGCAGUUGCACCUUGUUACCAGAAGACUUCAGCGAGUGUAUCUACACUACUGACAAAGUAGCAUUAUCAUGUAGAAAUUAUGAUUCCGGUGGUGGAUUGUCUGGUGGCGCUAUUGCAGGUAUUGUUAUAGGGUCCUCCGUGGGAUUCUACUGGUUGUAUGCUUGCUUAUGCGGAAAAAAGAAGACGAAUCAACCGGAAACAAAUAAUGCUACUAAUAAUCCUAACGGAACCGACAUUCCAAUUGAACUUCAAACCAAUGGAAACCAAGACGUCCUGCCAUCAGCUCCUCCGCCAGGGUUCGUAGACCUACCCCCGGCAUACGAUAGUGUUAUGCAGGAUCCAGAUAGGUACAAGACCCCAACAGACAUAGAAGAGACUCCUCCACCCGCCUACAUGGGAUAUCCAAACCCUCCUUUAAAUCCAGGAAUUUCCAACCAGGCUUUGUAAAGAUUAGAAGUGAAAGUUUUUAAUGUAAAUUUUAUUACAGCUUUUAUAAAGAUGACUAGACUGGAUUCCAAGAUGUAAAUUUUUAUGAUUUUUAUUUGGAAUGAUUCAGAAGAGCACCACGCGUGCACGAAAGCAAGCCUACCUCGUUUCUAUCGUUGUUCCAAAUAGAAAACAUGGGGUCACUUUUUGUAGAUAAUUGUUAGAGAUUUUUAUAUUUAUGAACAUUUUACAACUAAAUCAUGCUAGGCAAUAAUUAUUCUUAGUACUGAAAUAUAUCCUAAUAAUAAGUUAGUUUCAAUUUUUCUGUUUUUCAAGCAAAAACAAAAACAACAAAUUGAGGGCCCCCCCCCCCCUUCUUUAAUCACUGUCUAUUACAUUCCUAUUCAUUUUACAGGUACAGUAAUUGUGACAUUGCGAUGAAACAGGAUUGAAAAUAAAAUACUGUACUGUAUCUUAAAAUUAGGUUAAAAUUGCAUUAUAUAAGUAUAUUUGAAACAAGUUUUUUUUUCUUAUGGAGUUACAAGAGUUUAAACAUACAGCUGUUUAAAGAACAAUAUUAGAGAUAAUCAGCCUUUAAAAUUUAUGGUUUCAGAGCUAUUUCCGAGUUUACUCAGGCACCAAAUUGUUAACAAUUAUUUUAGCACAAAAAAUAGAUUUAAAAAAUGUUGACAUUCCAACGUGUUUUGGCCAUUAUCUCCAAAACAUGAUUUGGGAGGGGUGACUUGUUUUCGCUACAAUAGUUGUUUCUGUAAAUUUAUCUCUUGCUGUCGUGGCAAAGUUUAUGAAAUGUAUAUUUUGGACUGGGCAUCUGCUCUCAAGCAUACCAUGGCAUCAGUUGCAAUACUCGCAUUGCAACUUAUUUUUAUUUUUUUUUAAAAAUGCAUUUUAUAAGGCACUCAUAUCCAUCUGCAGAUAGUAGCCCUUUCUGCAUAUCAUUUAUUUUAUUUUAUUUAUUUUUUUCAAUAUAUAUCUUACAUGUAUAUAUAUUAACAACUUAACUAGAGGGGAAAACAGGCAAAAACAAUUGCAAAAACUCCCAUCCUCCUCUUCUUUUUCUCUAUCAUGUCCACACACUUGCUAGAUACUUUGUUUCAGCCAGAGCUGGACAGUUUCUAGCUAGCAGAAUCAUUCUACUCUGCCAGCUUCAUCAGAUGGCAUGAUGGAAAUUAUGAUACAAGUAGAUGUUGCCUUGAUCUUGUGUGGUGGUGGUGGUGGUAGAAUUAGUGUUAUUCAGGGCUGCGACGAGGACGCUUCUACUAUGACCCCUACCUAGGUUAAUACUAAUACAAUAGAAGUGUUGUAGUAACUGUAGAAAGUAUAAAGAAAUGUAUAAAUUGUUAAAGGAUCUAUCCAUUGUCGAUAUUUUCUUAUGUGGUAUUUAUAUGCAAUAGUCAUGGUUAAUAUUGAUGUGUAGCUUUUGAAUGAAAAUGUCAUUUAACUGAAAUUUCAGUCGGAACAGCAAUAACCAAAAUAACAAUAAACAUACAGUUACAAAACCAAGUAUCAAAAUGGUAAUAAAUGCUAAAUUAAGUGCACAAUUACUUUAACGGAGACUCGUGCCUUGUUACUAUAAUGCCUAAAUAUAUUAAAACUGAGGAUAAAACCUUGAAGUAUAAUGUGAUUAUUUUCAUAGAAAAAUGUUGGCGUUCUUUACAGAGCAACUCAGUUGAUUAAACUGGUGGCAGCCACUUUGUGUGCGCUGAACCGUGGAGAUCUUUCGAACCCGGUUCAGUUCCAUGUAUCUGCUGCUGUUCUUGGGUUUCAGCUGGAGGGUUGAAAUGCAAUCAGUAGAGAACCAUCUUUUGGUUGAUAUUUUUAAGCCAUUGGUCGCAUGUUUGAUUAUGAAAUACUCUCUUUGGAAAAGAGGAUGGUAUUGUCUGCGGUGUCCUAUACAAAUCAUUCCAUGAAAGGACCCUAUUGGAAAUUAAUAAGGCUUCUGAUUUUCGUAGGUUAGCCUUUGUGUAUCUUACACUGAAAACAUCCAGUACUCUUGUGGUUUAUUGCUUUUUUAAUGAGCUUUACAUUUAUUACUAGAAGGGUUCUUAGAUUGCGAGUUAUAACAGUGUUAUUACUAUAUGUAAUGUUUUAUGUAGGAACAUUUUUAUAUUUAAUUUUAUAUUGUAUCUUAAAUCUUUGAAUGGGUUCAGUUUGGAAUUGUUAAAAGUAAAUUUAUAAAAUAUUGUUUGAAGGUUUGCAUGGCGAAGUAAUUGUAUAUGCUUGCGGUACACCACGUAGAUAGUUCUGAAAAAGAAAUGUUAUACGUGCACUUAUAUUUUGAAAAUUGUUGCCAAUACAUACUGAGCAUUCUUAUUUUGUGUUCUUCAAACUGAACUAUAUUUCAUUUUCUACUUAUAAAAAUAAAUCAUGUAGUAGUAGUAGUAUUAGAAAAAAAUUAUAAUUUUUACAGUAUUAGAUAUAGCAAUUUUUAACAUUCUAUAUUUUGUCCCUGUUUAUAAUAAAAAGAAAUAAACAAAUUAAAAACAGUUAAAAAAUAGUAAUAAAAAGGUAUUACCAAUAUUAUAUAUAUAUAUAUAUA